AUGUACUUGGCAGUUUUGGAGACGGCGGUUAGUAGAGUCUUGGUCCGCCAAGAAGAUGAAAAGCAACUCCCAAUCUACUAUGUUAGCAAGGCAUUACUGGAUGCAGAAACCCGCUAUAGCCAACUGGAGAAAUUAGCCUUAUCACUUGUUAGUGCAACUCGAAAGCUAAGACCGUACUUCCAGAGUCAUUCGAUAGUACUCGCAGAUUUCAUCGUUGAUUUUGCACCUAACUCACAAGUUUUGGCCCAAAGAGAACUUCUCUGCUUGGCAGAUGGACCAGUAAUGGACAUAUGGAUGCUCCAGGUAGACAGGUCGAGAAACAUAAAUGGCGCAGGACUUGGCAUUUUCUUAACAUCACCGGAAGGAGAUCAAAUACAGCAGGCGGUUAGGUAUGAAUUCAAGGCAACCAACAACGAGGCAGAGUGCAAAGCACUCAUUGCUGGACUGGUCUUAGGAAAAGAGAUCGGAAUAACCCGAAUACACGUCUACUACGAUUCUCAGCUCAUUGUAAACCAAAUACAGGGCACUUUCCUUGCCAAAGACACAAAGAUAGCAUCCUACCUAGAGUUGGCCAAGCAACUCUGCAAAGAGUUUGAUGAGUUCCAUAUCACUCAAGUCCCACCAACUAAAAACAUCCAAGCAGACGCACUAGCCAGCCUCGAAGCAACUACGAAUACGAAACAAAGUAAGGUAAUCCCGAUAGUUUACUUGCAAUGGCCAGCAGUUCGAAAAUCCGACGAGAAUAAUAUUAUUUAUUCAUUCGAGGAACAAUCUUGGAUGACACCGAUCAUCAGGAAUCUACAAAAUGACGAGUUGCCACCAGACAAAAAUGAAGCUCGACAAACUAAAGCUAAGGUUUCGAGAUUUUACAUUAUAGACAGUAAGCUGUAUAGGAGAUCAUUCUUUGGACCCUAUCUUCGAUGCAUCAGCAACGCAAAGGUCAAAUAUGUCUUGGCUAAACUUCACGAAGGGGAGUGUGGUAAUCACUCGGGAGCCUGGAGCCUAGCGCAUCGUACACUUACCGCUGGGUCCUAUUGGCCAACAAUGCGGACCGACUCUGUUAAUCACAUCAAAAAAUGUGACAGAUGCCAACGAUUCGCCAAUGUCUCCCACCUUCCACCAGAAUGGAUCAACCCCGUUCUUUUACCUUGGCCGUUCAUGAAAUGGGGGAUGGACAUUAUGGAAAACUCUCCGCUGCUCCAAGACAACGAGUUUUCGUGUUGGCAGUCAUGGACUAUUUCACGAAAUGGAAUGAAGUCGAGGCACUCUCAAAGGUACAUGCAGGGGCAGAUCCAGGGGUUGGCAAGCUAG